AUGGAAUUUAUUACAGCGACCUUUCAAGCGGCCCUUUUGCAAUCAUUUAAAAUAGUUGAACAUGUGCUGAAAUAUGCGGAAACCCUUGAGCAAUCAGAUAAAAUAGUUGAACAUGUGCGGAAAUAUGUGGUUAACCAUAGUGCUCAGAUCGACGAACUCAGAGAAGCAAUCAAGCAGCUGGAGGAGGCUAGAAGUCAUGUGCAGCAUAAUAUUGAGGCUGCUAAAAAGAAUCUACAGGAAGAAGAUGCUGAUGAUCUCGAGAAGUGGAGUGAUGGCGCUAAUAAGAUGAUUGAAGAGGCAAACAAAAUAAUCUCUGAACAUGGAGCAAAGAUGAUGUGCUGCAAUGGGUGGUGUCCUAAUUUAAUAUCACGUUAUCGUCUCUCCAAAAAAGCAUGCCAGAAAAAAGUCGACCUUGAAAAAUAUAAAGAAAAAGAUCUGACAAAAGAAGUUAACGUUGUUGGGGGAAGGGAGAAUGCAUUAUCUACUAGAGGUUAUAUGGAAUUUAAAUCAAGAGAGUCAGUUUGCGAUAAAGUUAUGGGGGCAUUGAAAGAUGGUAAAGCGGAAAUGAUUGGGGUUUUUGGGAUGGCCGGCUCGGGUAAGACUAUGCUAGUCAAGAACGUUGCUAAACAAGCAAAACAAGAAGGAUUAUUUGAUGAGGUAAUUGUGACAGCUGUAUCUGAAACUCCAGACUUCGAAAAGAUUCAAGAAGAAAUUGCACGAAACUUAGGUCUGACUCUUGAAGUGAAUCAAGAUAGAACAGAUAGACUCUGCAAAAGGUUGAAGGAUGAGAAAAAGACCCUUAUAAUUUUAGAUGACGUUUGGAAGAGAUCUGAGCUGGACAUGAAAGCCCUUGGAAUUUCAUUUGGGAAUGAUCAGAAGGGUUGCAAAUUAUUGCUUACAUCCAGAGAUCAAUGUGUACUAAGUAACGAUUUGAAAAUUGAAGAAAUUUUUAUUUUUAAAGUCAACCCUUUAGAACCAGGAGAAGCAAAGUCCUUGUUUAUGAAGGGAGUGGGCAAUUUCGACCCCAAAUUCCAAAAGACGGUGGAUGAGGCUGUUGCAGAAUGUGGAGGUGUACCCCUUGCCAUUACAACAGUUGCCAAAGCAUUGAGAAAGGAGAGCCCGGAUCAUUGGAGUAGUUCCGUGCAAAAGUGGCAAAAGUCCAAGUCAGUGGGCAUGUACGGACCGCAUGAUGCUGUGUCCUCAGCUAUUAAGUUGAGUUACGAUUAUUUAGAAAGUAAGGAAGAACAGUUAUUGUUCCUGCUGUGUAGUUUACAUGCAGAAGAUCAGGAAAUAAAUAUUGAUAACUUGUUGAGAUAUGGCGUGGGUUACGUUCCAAGUGACAUAUAUGAUGUGGGUUUGGGCGUGUUUCAAGGUGCCUAUACAAUGGAGCAAGCGAGAGAUAGUUUGAACGCAUCAAUCAAAAGUUUGAAAGAUUGUUGUUUGUUGUUGGAUGGUAAUGAUGGUGGAACAAUUAAAAUGCAUGAUGUAACUCGUGAUGCUGCCAUUAAGAUUGCAAAAAAGAAAUUUAUUUUUAUUGUAAAAGAGGCUCUUGAUUUGGAAAGAAGGUCAAAAAGUAAAGAUUUAAUUGGAUUUUCACUGCCUUAUGGUUACGUUAGUGAGCAUCUUGAAAGGUUGAUAUGUCCCCAACUAAAAUUAUUCUUCUUGUUCAACCAUAAGAAUUCAUUACAAAUCCCAAAUGGGUUUUUUGAAGAGAUGAAAGAGCUCAGUGUUUUGAGUUUAAAUGGAAUCCGUCUUUCAUUACAUGAUUCAUCACUUCGUUUCCUUCAAAACCUACAAACGUUGUGUUUGGUUGGCUGCAAGUUGGAUAACAUAGCUGUGAUCGGAAAACUGAAGGAUCUCAAAGUUCUUAGCCUUGCAUGGUCUAAUGUUAAAUGGUUACCGAAAGAAAUAGGGAAUUUGCAUCGCCUUCAGUUACUGGAUUUGGGAAAUUGUUCCCAACUACAAGUCAUUGAAUCUUAUGCAUUAUCAGGGUUGAAAAGGCUAAAUGAAUUAUAUAUUGAAAACAGCUUUAAGCAAUGGGAGGUUGAAGAACAAAACGCUAGUGGAAAUGCUAGCGUAUCAGAGUUGAAUCAUUUGUCCCAUUUGACCACGUUAAAUUUACAUAUUCCUAAUGCAAGGAUUGUGCCAGAUGCCUUGUGUUUCAAAAAUUUGGUAAGGUAUAAAAUAUUAAUAGGCGACAACUGGGAUUGGACAAAUACUGGGUUUGAAAUCUCAACAUUGAAAAUCAACAUUAAUGGAAGUUUUCAAUUAGAGGAUGGGAUUAAAACACUACUGAAGAAAUGCGAAGUUCUCUGUUUGGGUGAAAUGAAGGGUGUGGACAAGAUUCAAUACAGAGAUUGUGAGGGUUUCCCAAAGCUAAAGUAUCUUGAUAUAAAAACUAAUGCUGAUAUUCAGUAUAUCAUUUGUUCCAAAGAGCUUCGACCAAUUGCCUUUCCUGUCUUGGAGUCGAUGUUUCUAAGAAAUAUGAUUAAAUUGGAAAAGAUAUUCUACGGAGACAUUGAAACGGGGUUUUCUCAUAACUUACGAAAGGUCUCUGUGGAAGGCUGUGAUAGUUUAAAAUUUGUCUUCUACGUAUCUAAGACCAUGUUGCGGCUUCAAGAAAUGGUUAUAUAUAAAUGCAAAGAAAUGGAUGCAGUUGUGAAGCGAAGUGAACACGAAAUAGAGACCAAAGAUUAUACGAUGGAGUUCGCUCAAUUGCGGAUCUUGGAGCUACGAUUUCUACCAAACUUGAGUUGCUUCAAUUUUGAUUCUGAAUCUUUUGAACUAUUCGACAAAAAGGUAUGA